AUACGAAAUCAAUAUUCAACUGACUUCUAGAGAGAGGUAUGCGUUGCGCACGAAUGUCAAAAUCGAAUAAAUAGUCGUCUGCAGUAGCAGCCGAAGUGGACAUCUGCAGAUGUGAUAACACGAGUAAUCGGAGUGGACGACGAUCAUAAGUUUUUUUUUUCCCUUCUUAUCAUAAACGUGUUCGAGUUUACGUGUAGUUAGUUCGGAAGUUUUAGAAUUUCCACCGAUGAUCAUCAAAUUACAGACGGGGAUUUCUGAAGGAGCCGUGUGGCGGCGAACAAAGCCGCCCUUACAAAUUUAAAGAAGGAAUGACGCUGGAGAAUCCUUUUUUUGUCGUCAAAGACGAGGUUUGCAAAGCUCUAAAUAAAAAUCGAGGUUUAUACGGCCGCUGGACGGAAUUACAAAAUGUCGUUACUAGUCCUACAAUAAACGGUGGAGGGGGAAUUCCGAUUUCGCGCGAAGAAUUGGAUUGGACGACAACAGAGUUGCGAAAAGCGCUACGCUCGAUCGAGUGGGAUCUUGAUGAUCUAGAGGACACUAUUUGUAUCGUAGAGAAAAACCCAACGAAAUUUAAAAUCGAUAAUAAAGAACUAAGCGUUCAACGAAGUUUUAUCGAACAAACAAGAGAAGAAGUAAAGAUUAUGAAAGAUAAGAUGAAUUUAAGUAGGGGCAGGGACCGUGAUAGCACGGCAAGACAGCCCCUUUUGGAUAAUAGUCCCGCUCGUGUUCCUGUCAAUCAUUCUUCAACUAAAUAUAGUAAGCUUGAAAAUGAGACAGAUAGUCCAAAUAGACAAUUUCUUGGCGAUACUCUACAACAACAGAAUGACAUGAUGAGGCAACAAGAUGAACAAUUAGAAAUAAUUGGAGAAAGUAUUGGUACACUCAAAACAGUAUCUAAACAGAUCAACUCAGAAUUAGAUGAACAAGCAAUUAUGCUGGAUGAAUUUGGUAAUGAAUUAGAAACAACAGGCUUUAAGUUAGAUGCAACAAUGAAGAAAAUGGCUAAAGUUCUCCACAUGAGUAACGAUCGGAGACAAUGGGUAGCUAUUGGAGUGUUGACUGCUAUAUUGGUUUCUAUCUUCAUCGUUACGUCAACUUAUAUUAUAUAUUAAUCGGCAAUUGUAUAAAAUGUUCUAUUAUAUUCUAUUUUCUAUAUAAAAAAAAUACACAAUAUACACAAAUACGUUGUAUAAUGUUACGAUAUGUAUAUUCGAUUUGAAAAUUAAAUAAUAUUAUCCAAUGUGUACUUUUUAAAAUAAUAUAUAAAGAUGUAGUAUCAAAUUUGUCAAAAGGAUAAUAUUCGAUAAUAGCUGAUUUAACUCAACUUAAAUUUUUUUUGUAACAUCUUAGUAUUUACUUUUCCUAAUUGAAAUAAAUUUUAUGGGUAAUUCCAAAUAUAAGAAUACAUUAUAUAUAAAAUUUUUACGAAUUAUGUUUAUGUAUAUAAUCAAAAGUUAUAUAAAAUUAAAGAUUUGAAGAUCCUACAUAGUUGGUCAUAUUGUAUAAACUAUAAAAAAUCUUUGGUGUAAUCUUUAUUAUUGCAAUUAUUUGCUUCUUACGAUAGCAAAUAUGUAAAAAAUAAAAAAGCUUUUUCUUAAAAAAUGCGCAUAUUAAAUAAAAUGUUAUACGAUUUAAUAGCUUAGAGCUAUUAUAAAUGUGCAAUAUAUUAAAGUAUUACUAUUAUUUUAAUAGUAAUACUUUAAAAAGUAUUACUAUUAAAAUCUAUUAUUUUAUUCAUUACACUACAUGUAUGAAUUUAUUAAGGCACCUUUUUGAUAUGAAAGCUGGAAAAUUGUUCUUUCAGAGAACAUCUAAAUAUAUACGAUAAAUCUAUCGUAUAUAAUCUAGCUUUAGAAUAAACUUCAGGAAAUGUCUGUAUAUUCAAAUAGUGCCCUUUUCAAAUAUUAUAAUUAUGGCUCUAAACGUACACGUUUGAAACAGUCUGCAGGCAAAGCUUUUCUUAUGUCAUCAAUAUUUUCAACUUCUAUUCUUAAUCUAUUGACCUCGUCUUCAUAAUUUUUAACCCAUUGCGUUUGCAUAUUCUUUGCAUCUGUUAAUGUUUUAAUUCUCUGAUCUAAAUUGGCAGCUUUAAUUUCUUUUUCUGCUGCAGUUAAACGCUCUUCUAAAUGAUUCAAAUGUGUAUCAUCUGUAUAAUAGAAAUUCGAUUAAUCACAAUAGUUCCCAUAUUAUAAAAAAAUAUUUACAAAUUAUAACUUAUAUACUGACCUAGUUCAGGAAGAUCUUCAAGUUCUUUUAUGAUUUCAGCUAUAUCUGAUAAUGCUUUGUCGACAUACGUUGCAGUUAAACCUACAUUGAUUUUUGCUUGUCCAACUUUAUGAUUUGCCUAUAAAAUAAUUAUAUUAUAAAUUAUAUAUUAUUCAUCUAUUCUUAUACGUUUAUACUUUAUCACUAUUUUAUUAAUUCUUUUAUUGUUACCUCUGUAGUAACAUUCGUAUCUUUUCCAACUUGGAUUUCAUAAUCUUUCAUUAAAGAAUCUGUAGUAUCAACUCUGAGAUGUAAUAUCUCUGCUUCGUUACCUAAACGCAAUGCCUCUAAUUUAGUCCUAUUUGCCUGCAUUCUAAUAUCAUUUGCAUUUUUACUAGCUUUCUCUGCAUAUGUCUGGCAAUAAAAUAAACAGAUUAAACAAAUUCGAUUUUUAAUAUGUUUUAUAAAUUAUAACAUUGAAAUUAUAAAUUUACCUGUGCAUGUUGCGCUUUUUCAUUUGCACUUUUUGCAUUAUUCUCAGAUCCAUUUAAUAUCUUCUCAAGUUGGAAAAUAUCUUCUAUCGCAGUUUGAAUCAUUACCUCAAUUUUUUUAGUGCUUUUCAGUGCAUCUUGAGCUUUGAUACGUUCGCGUUGCACUUCAUCGUCAAAUUCUAAAUAAAAUAAUAAGGUUUCAUCAUAUUGACAAUAUUACAUUAAUAUUGACAAUAAUUAACGUCUUACCUCCUAAUUUUUUUAAAGUCUCUUGCGCUUCUUUCAACGUUUGAUCACCACGUUUGACAGCACUGUUUGCUUUUUCAUUCGCACCGUCUAAUUCUGCAAGCAAUUCUGCAGUAGCUGCUUGUUGAUCUUGUGCUUUAUCCAACAAUUGUUCACUCUUCCGUACUUUUUCAGUCAUUUCAUUAAUGAAUUUCUCAUUUUGUUCUAAUAUUAAUUGUGCUUGUUCUUUUAAUCGUAAUCCCUACAAAAAAUAAAAAUAAAAAAGAAAAUAAAGAUCUUAUUUUAUAAUGAAUAAAUAAAAUAAAAUUCUUACUUCAUUGCUGAUAGCAUCUACUUGAGUUUGAAAUAUGUCAACAUUUACGGAAGGAAGAGAAAGAUCUAAUAUAGAUAAACCUAAUGCUUCCUGAGAUACUGCAAAUGACUUCGCACUUGCAAUUGCUGUAAGAUUCUUCACUUCAUUCAUACGAUCCUCUAAUGUUUCCAAUUUGUUUUCUAAUUCUCUUAAAAUAUCUCUAAUAUAAUAGAAAAACAAUUUUCAUAUAAUUUUCAUCGUUUCACGUUUGUAUGUACGAUUAUAAAAAAUAUUUUGAAAAACGAUACAUACGUCAUGUUUGAAUUUUUAGCUAUCGCCUUUUUAGCAAGAUUAUAAGCUUCUAAGGAUGUAUUUCGAGCUUGUUCAGCCAGCAUAUGAAUUUUCUUAGCUUCAUUUGUAUUACUGUAAAAAAUUAAUAUCACUAUUAUUAAUGUUAUCCAUACGUAGAGAUGUUACAUAUGAUGAAUGAAAUGUUGUACAUACAAAUCAGCUAAAAUACGCGCUUCGUGUGCUAUAGCUGUCAUCUGUUGAUUCUGUUGACCAACUUGAUCAGCACGUAAUUUGGCUUCUGUUAAUGCCAUUGCUCCGUCUGUAGCUAAAUAAUCUUCCGCUUCCUAUCAUUAUUAAUAUAUAUACAUUUCACACAUAUUCAUUUGUAAUGUAUUAUAUAAUUGAAGUAUAUAUAUUUCAUUAACUCACAGUCAAUUGAUCAUGUAUUUUGUCUAACACUGUCUCUGCUGUAUUAACAUUUGCUAAUCCUUCUGUAGUAGUCUUAUAUGCUUCAGCUGCUGUAAUGUUUACUGUUUGUGAAAUAAAACCUAUUUCAGUCAAUUGGCUAUUCAAUUCA